AUUUUUUAAAAUAUAAAAUCUUGUGUGAAAAUGAAUAGUAAUACUUAGAUGAGAGAAGACGGAAUAAUGGAAUGUUCAGGCAAUAUUGAGGAUGAAAACUCAAUAAACUAUGAUGAACCACAUUAUUCAGCCGAUGAUGAAUAAGUAUUAUGUUAUAAUCCAAUGUCAUAGUAAUGUGAAGAAUUCGAAAACGUUGAAGUUCCUGUUUACACUCCUUAACAAUUGUCUUCUUACAAGAAACCAUGUCCAGUAUUUUAAGAUGAAUUUAUAUUGGAUGAAGAUCCGAAAAAGAAGGUCUGCAUAGAAGAAUGUACUACAACAGAACAAUCCGAGGAUCAUCCAGCAAUGGGAGAUUUGGAGAUGUUAGCUGCUAUGCUUUUAAAAGAAAAUUAGAAAAAGUUUUCUUAUCCAAAGGAUUUACCAGUUCCAACUAAUGUAGAGUAGCAUCUAGAGGAAUUGAAAAUGAGAUUCAAUCCCUCUUAAAAAUAAGAGGAUUUCAUAUCUACAUAUGUUAAGGGAGAUGAUUUACUUAGAAUCAAGGUAGGAUUAUGUGAGGAGAUACUGAAUGAUGAAGAAACAUAGAAAUUUGAAGAUUGGGUUGAAUAACUAUGCACAUCAACUAAUCACGAAUCCUUAAAAGAGAUGGCAAGGAAAUAGAAAGUGAAGAGAUACUUAGAAAAAAAGCAUAGUCGAACUUACGAAAAGAAAGUUCAUUAUCAUAUUAGACAAAAGGUUGCUGAAGAAAGACUCAGAGUUAAAGGUAGAUUUGUAACAUGGACAUAAGUAAUCUAUACAAUUAAAUAUUAUUAGGCUUUGAAAAUGUUAAAUGAAUAGUAAGAUUCCAAAAAAUCAUGGACAUAUAAUGAUUAUUUUAAAAUCAAAAAUUUACUAAAUGAAAAGUUUGGGGCCAUCAAAAGUGAAAGGUCAUUAAAAAUUUGAUUUUAAACAUAAUCACUUGUGUAUUUAUAAUAAAUAAUUAAUUAUCU